AUGGCGUACGACGGAUACCGCGCCUCGUUCGACCCCCCGGGGUUCAAUCCCAACGCCAGCACCAGCAACAGCUACACCAGCAGCAGCAGCAACAUCAACAACAUCAACACCAACAACGGCGGCGGCAGCACCAGCAGCAGCGCCAAUAUCAGCAGCACCAAGCCGUCGAACGCACCGUAUCCCGGCUAUCUGCAGCCAUCGUACGGAGAGUAUCCUGUCGAGCAAGACCCGUCUUCCCAUCCGCCUCCUCCCCCCCCCCCUCCUCCCUCCGCCACCCCAGCAGCAGCAGCAGCAGCAACCACAGCAAGUGCCAUACCCUGCGGCAUCAGCAGCACCAGGCCAGGGAGUAGAGCUGCAGACGCCGUGAAGCAGCCGUUUUCACGCACGUCGUCGCAGCCAGAACCGCCAACGCCUCGGGUACCUGACCCAAACUAUCCGUCAACUGAUCUGAUAGCCCAGGUCACGGCAGCAGUGAUACAGCAGCUCCGGGCGCCAGGCCCAGGGAACGCCCCUCCGCCUCCCUCUCAUCCCUCGCAGCAGCAGGCGCAGCAACAGACGGUCUAUCAGCCUCCAACACCUGCUCUAUCGCAGUCAAGCUACAACAGGCAGAGCCCUAACCCGAACUCUCUCAGUCCUCCUAUCGCCACAAGCCCAUAUGGACCGCCUCAGCCUUCUAUACCAGGGCAGCCUGACCUUUCUAAUGCGCCGGCUCAGUCAUCUUACCCUCCUAUCUCGUCUAGGGUUGAUGGGAGCGCAUACAACGGCCCUCAGGUGCAAAAUCCUGCUGAUAACGGCCAGCAGCAAACCACAUCCCCCGGUAUAGAUAGAGCGAGAGGAUCAUCUAUCGGGUCGUUUAACGGUGGCCGGAAUGGCACCAAUCCUUCCAAGGGCCCAUCUAGACACUCAACUGUCACAAACGAGGCUAUUUCUGAGAAGCCAUGGGGAACCCUCUUUGAUAAGGAUGAUAUGCCUACCAGCAGAGCAGGACAGCUCCUGCGAGGUAUUGCUCUUCAUAUGAUUGAGACCUACCCGCCUGGUAAUACCCUGGUUAUCACGCCAGAGAAGUUGCAGAAAUUCUAUCGUGAUCACAGAGUAUCUUCAGACUCAUAUCCAUGGCAAGAUAUCUUUGAUAACCGGACAUCAUCCAUCUCUCGCCUUUUCCGAUCUUUGAGCAUUGAACACCACCUCGUCCAAGACCAACUUGACGAACGCCCUGAUAUCCCAGGCCUAACUCCACGUGGUUUCGAGCGCUGGAUGUCCAUGAUGAUCCAAGCACACCCAGAGCGGGAAUUUGAGCGUGUUAAAAAUAUUGUACAAAACAUACCCAUCACUAACCCGGAUGAUAGGACGGAAAGAUUCCCAAAAGAGCUACGAAGGAAACUUUUCCCGCAGUUACCUGACUAUGAUAUCAAGGAGACCCUUGACAGAUGGAUAACUACACAUUGCCAUGUCGAAUUAACGCAAGGCAUGCUUGGAGGGCCUCCCAUGCGCCAACCCCGAGCCAAGUCAACUGUGGACAAUACAUCGACCGGCAUUCCCUCACGGCCAGCAAGUACCGACGUCCGCCCCAGGCAGUUCCCACCGGCUGCAACGGUCGAAGACGCAAUUGAUGAAGAUGACCAUGUCAUUGUUGCUAGUGCCGAUGUCGCUGAUGUUGAUGCUGCAGCACAACCAGUGCAGCCCAUUGAGCGGGAACGGAAACCUUAUAGCAUGCCAGGAGGGACCAAAGGGUAUCGAGAAGAUACCAGUCCACACCCUACCACCUCUACCUCCCGUCACCCAGAUUCAAACUCAGGAGUAAGCUUUGGCAAAAAACAUGUGGUAGUUUAUUCCGGUGACGAUGACGAUGACUUUUCGAGCCCUCGAGACGAUGUCAACUCCAAGUACUCUUCUUCCCAUCACGGGAACACGCAUCCACAAUCUCAUGCUCAUACCCAUCCACAUCAGCAUAGCCAUCCCCAUACUCACGAUGACUCCAAGCGGCAUCAUGGACGGGACAAGGAUAGAGAUAGAGACAGAGACAGAGACAGAGAUCUAGACUGGGACGGGGACAAAAGCCGUCGUCGAACCUCAUGGGGCAGUGAUGAGGAUUUCUAUCGUAACCCCGUGUCCGAUAGAGACAGGGGCAGAAAAAGAACGGAGAGUCGAACCCGUUUCUCUGAUUAUGACAAGUUUUGGGAAUAUCGUUGA